AUGGCAGUGUUGCCUUUGUUACUACAGACAAAGGCUGGCGCUUGCAGACAUAAAGACUUUGUGCAAUUUGUCUUGGUAAGUUUUAUACAUUUUUUUAAUGCAAGUUCUUCAAAAAAGGAUAGUUGUUAUUUUUUGUUUUGGAAACAAGUGUCCUCACUUUGCAGUUUUGUGAUCGCUCCUUAAAAAAUUAAUAUAGGUUUAAAAAGUUUAAUAUUUCUGACUUAGAGCCUGUUUAAGUGGAGGUGGGGGACCCCUGGUAGGUGAGGCAACCUGCUUAGUCAGUCAACGCCCUGUACAUAUCAUGUCUGAUUUUAAUUUGAUCAAGUUUACAUAAUAGAUGGGGUGACCUGCCCCAUGUUAACUCACCUAUGGGGCCCCCACCUCCACGUAAACAGGCCCUUAGCUUACUAUGGGUAUGACAAUCAGGACUAAAAUUGAACAAAAAGACACACUAUGGGGGUGAACAGCAUGUUGAGUAUGUCUGACAGUUGCUUGCCUUACCAGUUAAAGAGAAGAGCGUGUGGUAGUACAAGUACAUGUAUGUGUGUGUGUUUCUGAAUUUUUUCCUUUUUUUACUCCUUGGUCCUUGUGGCCACUAAUCUAGUAGACCAGAGAAGGGUAAUUAAAUAAGUAUAGGCUUCUUGUAAGACUAGGUCUUGACACAUAAUAUGCAGUGCCGUGGCAGUAUUGUCAUUUGAUAUUAAAAAUAGCGACCAGCUAUGUUUCAGCGGAUAAUAAUAGAAAUAUCAUUUAUUCACUAGGCUUAUGUUGUUGGUCUGCAAUUUGCUCUUGCCAGGAUCAUUAUAUUAUUAUCUUUGAUUUGACAUAUCGAACACCUUCAAGCUAGUUAUAAAAAAUAUUUUAAUAUUUUAAAGUGCUUAAAUGUCUUUUUUUUUUUUUACAGGAAGAGACAAAUCCAGGAAGUAUUGCUGAGAGCCAGGACAACGCAUUCCCAUUUUUAAUAUUUAUGGGAACUCUGGCAUCGCCUGGAAAAAUUUACAUUGCUGCGGACAAACAAAUAAUCUGCAGCUUUGACGUUUCACUGGUUGAAGCAGCUCUUGCACUUCUGGCCACUUACUAUGUUUUUAUGUAUAAUUAUCCUCCUGGACUAGCAAAUUUUUAUUCCUAUAUUCAAAAAUGCAUAUUGCACAUUUCUGAUUGCAAAAAGCUUCCCUCUUCCCUAAUGUCCUUUGUAAAUUCCUUUCACGAAUUACAGGCGAAUAUAGUAAAACCCGCCAAUUAA